GGCCAAUUCCCUUUCCUCAGACUGUUGCCCCAGAGGCGUCCAGUCUUUUCCAGCUUGGUGUGUGCUACCUGGAGCUCCGUGUCCGAAGUCCAAGGCAGGACAUAAGCAUCUUCAUUAGAAGAGAAGGCCAUCUGGGAAAGAGGAAUAGCAGAUCAGCAGAGAGAAAAUCUGUGUGGAAAGCAGGUUCCUAAAGGACAAGCCAAAUACAAAGGCUACAGAACUCCGAGGCUGUACCAUAUCACCUGGAGAAGACCUAAAGCAAAAUAAUGUCUCGCUACGGAAAGCACCCACGCCUCAGCCUGGAAGAAGGUGUAAACUUCCAGAACCCAACUGAAAUGGAUGAGUUCCCACUGGUUCCCACACCUGAGAAGGAGGAGAGAGAAGAAGAGGAGGUAAAAGAAGAGGAAGAAGAUAACAAUAAGCAGAAAAACAAGGAAGAUAACAAAGAGAAGAAAGAAGAAGAGGAAGAAAAAGGGAAAGAAGAUGAAAAGGAAGAGUGUGGUGAUGAAGUGAAUGAUGAAGAAAAUGAGAAGGGAGAGGAAGAAGCAGACUUAGCUUCCAUCUUUUUUUCAUCUUCUAAUGUCUCUUUUCCUACUUUUACCCCUCCUUCUCCUUCCUCCUCUUCCCCUUUCUUCUCUCCUUCCUCCUCCCCCUCCUCUUCCCCCUCCUCCUCCUCCUCCUCCUCCUCCUCCUCCUCCUCUUCCUCCUCCUCCUCUUCCUUCUUUUCUCUGUUUCAGAGCAACCUAGGGGGAAAUGAGGAUUAUGCUGCUGGGAUGCUGAGCAUUUUUCAGAAUGCUCAAAGUUUCUUCCCCUCACCUACUUUAGGGGAGAAUUUAGAUGAAGCAACCAGCCACCAGGAAGAGAGUUCAGGUGCCAUUCAGUCUCCAGAAGACCCUGAAGCUUUGCUGAAUAUUGUGAUACAAGAAAAGGCUACUGAUUUAGUGUUUCUUUUCAUUUACAAGUAUAGAAUGAAGGAACCCAUCACAUUAUCAGAAAUUUAUGAGGUUGUCACAAAAGAUUAUGAGGAUCAUUUUGCUGUCAUCUUCAUUGAAGCUUCUAAAUGCUUGGAGAUGACCUUUGGCAUUGAUAUAAAGGAAAGUGAUCUUCUAAGCAGUGCUUAUGUCUUUGUCAAUUCACUGAACCUCACCUAUGAGGACAUGCUAAAUGACAAUGAUAGACUGCCUAGAAAUGCUUUCCUCAUAGUUAUUCUGGGUGUAAUAUUCAUAGAAGGGAACUGUGCUUCUGAAGAAAGAAUCUGGGAAUUUUUGAAGCUGGUAGGAGUAUAUGAUGGGGAGGUGCAUUUUAUUUGUGGAGAUCCCAGGGAGUUCCUCACCGUAGAUCUAGUGCAGCAAAAUUACCUGGAGUAUCGGCAGGUGCCUGAUAGCCAGCCUCCAUGCUUUGAGUUCCUGUGGGGUUCAAGAGCCUAUGCUGAAACUACGAAGAUGAAAGUUUUGGAGUUCUUGGCAAAGAUGAAUGGGUGUGACCCAACCGAUUUCUCAAUCUGGUAUGAAGAGGCUUUGAGAGAUGAGGAAGAGAGGGCCUGGGCCAUAAAUGAUUCUGCAGAUGGAAGUCCAACCACUUGGUUUUUAGAGCGUUGAUUAUCAGUUUGUUUGUUUGUUUGUUUUACUUCCUGUGAGGGACCUGUUUCUACAUGGGUUCACUCUAAUUUUGAAAGGAGCAGCCAAAAUUUUAAGUAAGAGAAAAAUCAAAGUUAGGCUCAAUAGAAAAGGUUAAAGAAUCACUAUGUUAAUUGGGGAUUUGCUUAGCUGUUUAAUUUUGGGUUAAUUUUAAAUGUUAUUCUUUGUAAGCAAAGGUUUAUUUGCUUUAGAAUCUAUGAAACUGUUAAUACUUCUUAUAGUUUUUUUUCAAAAAUAUAGUGGAAAAUUAUGUAAUGUAGUUAACUUUUGAAUUGGCUUAAACGUUUUAGUUUGUUCUGUAAAAUUAAAAUGCAGUGUACAUUUAUUUACUAGGCUCAUGUAAGAAAACAAGACAUAUUAAUAAAUCUAAUAAAGAAUGCUCACUGACUCAUUCACCAAA